UACCAUGUGUGGGUGCGGUCUCUUCUCAGAAGAGCUGGGGUGGGUUUUCAGGCACGUGAGAGCGUUUAUGAACUCUACCCGGAAUUCCUGUCUGUGUACAUACUGCUUCUACAGAACGGCACUUGUGUGACACCAACAGCACAAAUACAGAUAUCAUGGAUCUUUCAGAUGCCCUUGACUUCCCACAGCAAAAUAAUCAGCAGGCAGGAGGCGCAGUAUGGCCCGGCCAACCAGCCAACCCCACCUGGCCUGGUCAGCCCGUUAACCCCACCUGGCCUGGUCAGCCCGCUAACCCCACUGCCGCCAACCCCACCUGGCCUGGUCAGCCCGUUAACCCCACCUGGCCUGGUCAGCCCGUUAACCCCACCUGGCCCGGUCAGCCCGCUAACCCCACCUGGCCCGGUCAGCCCGCUAACCCCACCUGUCCUGGUCAGCCCGCUAACCCCACCUGUCCUGGUCAGCCCGCUAACCCCACCUGGCCCGGUCAGCCCGCUAACCCCACCUGGCCUGCACAGCCAAACCAACCAGCUUGGCCUGGACAGCCCGGGCAGCCUACAGCUCCUGGGUGGCCUGGACCUGCACCACAAACCAGCCCCAGAGCACUAACUGUGCCAUUUGACCUCCCACUGCAAAGUGGAAUCUAUAACAAGAUGCUCAUCACCAUCGCUGGAGAGAUCAAACUCAAUGCUAAUAAUUUCACAGUUAAUUUUAAGAGAGGCAGCGACAUUGCGUUUCAUCUAAACCCCCGGUUCAAUGAAGGCGGAAGGCAAGUGAUUGUGCGAAACAGCAUGAUUGGGAACCAGUGGGGCAGAGAAGAGCGCGAGCUCCCCUCCUUCCCGUUUGUCCCAGGAAAGCCUUUUGAGCUGAAGAUCUUAUGCACUGACACUGAAUUCAAAGUGGCUGUGAACAAAUCGCACCUUCUGGAAUACAAACAUCGGAUCCGUGAGCUCAACCAGAUCAGAGAUCUUAGUGUCUACGGUGAUGUCACCCUCAGCUCUGUAAACGUGGAGACGCUGCAGUGAAAUCAUACUACAGAUUCUGGCAUAGUCAGGUCUUUUAACAAUGAAAUGUGCGGUGAUCUAUUCAACCACAUGUGCAAAUUACUUCUCCUCCAGUAAUCAUCUUUUUUUAAACACUUUGUGUGUCAAUAAGAGUUUAUAUUUUCUACAAAUGCUAAAGUGAUGUCAAUUUGCAAGCAAAUCCUGGUUUUCCUCAAUGCUGUAGUUAGCUUUGCCACCACUAGGUGGGCCUGUUAUUAUCCGAGAAGGGCUGGUUUGUCAGAAGGUUCAAUGAUGGGGUUAAAGGAAACAAAUUUUUGGCAGAAAAUUAGCAAAAUUAUUUUUAUAUUGAUACAUGAGAUAUAUGAUAUUGAAGAAUAACGGUUGCUGAGAAUAAUGGUGGUGAUCAUAGUGGGGAAUGUGAUACUGGCCAGUCAAGAAUAGUGCGUAAUUAAUGAGAAAUUAGAACUGGAAUAAAAUAGGAUUCUUUGAAUGUACAUCACCUUCAAUUGUAAUCAGUGCCAAAGAAGGUUCUUCUUGGUUUAACGAUCCCAUGAUUAAAGAAACAACAACAGAUGUAAACAGAUGUUGUGUGCAUGUAAUUACAUUCCUUUGUGAGAUCUGUGUGUAUUACACUUUUACUGCCAACUCCUAAUAUAAAUAAAAUAUCAGCAGCAUAAACUGAA